AGUGUUUUGUUUGCAGGAAGAAGUUCAUUUUCCAUGAUCAAUUAAGAAUUCAUUUAAGUCAGACCCACAGCAUAAAUUGCCCUGAUUUAAUAUGCAAAAUAUGUUUCAUGGAGUUCAAUACUACUAGUGAACAAAAGGCUCAUGAGCGAAAACAUGAUGAAUCUUAUUCAUGUCAAAUGUGCAACAAGAAAUUUUCUUCAGAAUACUUGUACGAGAAGCACCUGAAUGAACAUAUAUUUCAGGAGAAGCCUAAUGAAUGUAAGAAGUGUGGUAGGAGAUUUAAGAAUGAAGUGGCAUUGAAUAUUCAUAAGAAACGUCAUGUAAAUAUAGCAUGUACAACUUGUAACAUGCAUUUCUUGAAUGACACCGAUUUACUGUUGCAUAUUAAAGAACAUUGUGAUGAUGAUGUCAUGACAUUACUUAAGAAUAUUGCGGUGUUAGAUGAAGAGGAAUCUCAGCUUGAAGAAAUGCUUUCACUCUAUUCAAAGUUAACAUUGGAGGCAAAGUUAAAUGACCUUAAAAAUGUGGAAAAUGAUACUUGUGAAAAUUCAGUUUUGGAUUGUGUAAAUACAAUGAUUUCUACUGUAUCACAAUUUACUGACAUUGACAUUCCAAGUAAGAAAGGAUCAGAAUGUAGACUUUGUGGAAUGAAAGUUUCUUCAGAUAAAGAAUUGUUAGAUCAUCGUAAACAAUUUCAUUUACGAAACAGAACAUGUCCUUUUUGUGGCAAGAGAAGUAGAUCAGUCAGUCAAACCUGGAGACAUAUGCAUUCACAUAUUUUGAAGAAUAAAAAUAGUAUUUCAAAACAGCCCAUUGCAACUGAAAAGGAAAUAACCACUAAUUCAGGAGAUCGUAAUGAAGGCUGUGAAGUGUUGUCCUCUGCAAAGGCCAAGCAGUCAAGAAAAAAUACAAGAUUAUACAGCUGCAAUAUUUGCUCAAGAAAGUUUCUGUAUCCCGGCUCUCGGGAU